GAGAUGCUGUUUUUAAAUCAUCCAAAAAUUUAAUAAAGGUAGGAAAAUAUUUUCUUCAAUGGAGCUGGGAAGUAUAACCGAGUUCCUGAACAACAAGUCCAUUUUGGUCAUUGGUGCAGCUGGAUUUCUUGCGAAGAUUUUUGUGGAGAAGAUAUUGAGGGUUCAACCCAAAGUGAAGAAGCUUUAUCUUCUUCUAAGAGCCGUGGACACUAAAUCUGCUGAAGAACGCCUGCAUAAUGAGGUGAUAGGGAUGGCCUUGUUUGAUGUUUUGAGAGAGCAACAUGGUGCAAGUUUAUAUUCCUUCGUUUAUGAAAAACUGACUCCUGUUCCUGGGGAUAUCUCUUGUGUGGACUUGGGAAUAAGAGACUCGUUGUUGAAGGAUCAGAUAUGGAAUGAAAUUGAUACGGUGAUUAACUUCGCUGCCACCACCAACUUUGAUGAAAGAUACGAUGUUGCAUUAGGUAUCAAUACAUUGGGACCUUUGCACCUCCUGAACUUUGUCAAGAAAUGUAAUAAUGUUAAGGUGCUUGUCCAUGUAUCAACUGCUUACGUAUGCGGCGAAGAUGCAGGAUUGAUACAGGAGAAGCCAUUUCCCUUGGGGAAAUCCAAGAAAGGCACCGAAAUGAUAGACAUCGACAUGGAAAAGAUACUGGUCGAGGAGAAAUUGACGAACCUCCACUCAGAACAUGCUGAAGAGAGUGCGAUCACAUCUUACAUGAAGGAUUAUGGCUCUAAACGGGCCAGGAUGUUUGGAUGGCCAAACACUUACGUAUUUACCAAGGCAAUGGGAGAGAUGCUCCUAGUCCAUUAUAGUAGAGAUACAGUACCUCUAGUCAUUAUCCGCCCUACUAUGGUAACAAGUACUUACCAGGAGCCGUUUCCCGGUUGGAUUGAAGGUGUAAGGACCAUUGAUGGUGUCGCUGUUGGCUAUGCUAAAGGGAAAUUGAAACACUUCCCGUUCAAUCCAAAGUUAACAGUCGACGUGAUACCAGCUGACAUGGUAAUCAAUGCUCUUAUAAUGGCCAUGGUGGAAUGUGCAAACCGAUCCACUACUUCAGAAAUCAUUUAUCAUGUAGGAUCUUCAUUGAGAAAUCCGUUCAAAUUCUCAAAUUUUCAAGAACUAAGCAUGCGGUACUUCGUUCAAAAUCCGUUGAUUGACAAAGAUGGAAAGCCAAUAAAGGUUGGCGAGUUUACAGCUUUCAGCUCCAUGGCUAGUUUCCGUAUAUACACGGCGAUUUGUUAUUCGUUGCCAUUAAAGGUAUUCCAUCUAGCAAUAAAUACUGUUUCAUACCAGAAACCCUACAACGACAAGUACACUGCUCUCAACAGAAACUUGAAACUAGGAAUGCGAUUAGCUGAGCUCUAUAAACCUUAUGUAUUCUUUAAGGGCAUAUUUGAUGACGCAAACUCGGAAAAGUUGCAAAUUGCUGCAAGAGAGACUUAUUCAGAUGCAGAUGCCUUCAAUUUUGACCCUACAUGUGUUAAUUGGGAAGCUUACAUGAUAAAUAUUCAUUUUCCGGGUCUCGUAAAAUAUGUGCUAAAAUGAUAUAUGGCAACAUUAA